AUGGCUCCGAGUAAAAUCCACCCCAAUGCAGCACGGAGCGGCCCAAGGAGCGUCUUGGUAGACGGCGGCGGAGCGCCCCUGGCCAUCGGCCUCAACACAGGGGGUCCUUCUUUAGAGGUGAUUCCUCGACGAAGGCCUGACCGAGUCUUGAUCCAAGUCUACCAGCGAGUCUACUACGGCGUCACGCGCCCAGUUGUCCGGUCCUACAAGCGCCUUCCCUGGGUCACAAGGAGAACGAUCAGCAUCGGCGUGCAGCUCUACAUGGUGCUCUACAUCUUUCUUACGGUGCCGCUCCGAGUCGCUUUCUACUAUGAUACACGGUCACAUUCCGAGACACAUGAGUGGACGCAAGAACUUACGGUCUUCGUGGCGCUCGACUGCAUCGCGGAUUUCAUCGGGGUGACACAGUUCGCGAGGUUUUACGAUCUGUGGAGGACGGUGUUCUACGAGCUCUCGACGUUCGCGAGUCUGCGCUCCACCAAAGACCGGACCAGGACCAGCGACACGGACCGCGUCUCGGCGUCCAAAAUGGUCGUACGGCGCCUCUCGUCCGCCAAUAAUUUCCAGCUCGGGCGCGUGAAUUGGACGAUUUCAUCGAUUAAACCGCUAUCGGCAAUGCCAGGCGACAAGGGCAGUCGCUCCAGCUCUCAACAUCACUACAGCAACGCAGAGCUGGUGCUGGAAGUUAUCGCGCUACUGCCGGUUGAAGUGAUCCCCGUGGUUUUAGGCUCCUUCAACACGCUCCACCUGGUUCGAAUUACCAAGUUGUGCCGACUGUAUCGCUUACGGAGCUGCCUUACACGCCUCGCGAAGCUGUAUUCAGACCGCGACUUGGUCCAGUACCUGUCUUCUGCUGGUAUUGACAGUCUCGUGCGGACUAUCGCCUUGUGCGCAGGGCUGUGUCAUUGGGUAGCCUGCGGGUAUAUGCUGAUAGCACACGUGCAGUGCGGCACUGACCUGGCAGAAUGCGACGCGAACAUUGAAUCAAGCUGGGUGGUGCGCGACCGUCUUCACGGCGCUUCGGUAGGACGGAAGUACGCGCGCACGCUGUAUUGGGCGUCCAGAACUCUGGUUUUACUGGGAUACGACGACGUGACCCCAGUCUCGAACGCGGAAACACUCUACGUUGUCAUCGUGACGAUCAUGGGCGCGUUGUUUGGCACGUCAAUGCUGGCGAAUUUCCUGUUCCUCUUUAGAUUCCGCAACGCUCGAUACGCAGCGUACGCCCAUCACGUCGACAACGCGCGCGAGUACAUGCGACUGCAAAACAUCCCGCGCUCGGUACGGCAACAAGUGACUGCGUAUUUCAACUACGCGUGGAGUACGCACCACUGUCUGGACAGCGAGGAGGCUCUGCAUCUUCUGCCUCAGCACUUGCAGUCCAAGGUCAUCGCUACUCUGCGAGCGAAUCGCACUGCGCAGGUUUGUUUCUUGAUGAAAGAAAGCGUGGAGUUCAUCAACGAGCUCGCUCUCGCUCUGGCGCGGCGAAUUUAUUCACCCGGGGACCAGAUUAUCGAGCCGAAAGUCAACGCGCAGAUGUUUUUCGUCAUUCGAGGCCAAGUGAUCCUGGCAAGUCUCGGUGGUGGCAAGCCAAAUGAGUGCAAGACGGGGGACCACUUUGCCGAAAUGUGUUUACUCUUCCCUGAAGUCUACCUGCAGAGAGCGUUUGCAAAAACUUUCUGCGAAUUGUAUGUUCUGACGAAGGCCAAGUUCGACGAGGCGUUAUCCGAAUAUCACCGAGGAACGGAACAUGCAACUCGGUUGCGCAUGGCUGAAUCUCUCGAGAAAUACCAGUUGCAACUUCGGAAGACGAAAAAAAUCCUCGGAUUACAAGACGGGUAUGAAAAUCUGAGCGGGAGGAGCUCGCUCGGCAGAUUUUCCACUGGCAGACUCUCUGCGGUCAAGACGCAAUGGAAGCAACGCACGCAUUGGAGACUUCCUGGCUCACCCUUUCGCUUGGGAUGGGAUACGGUCCGUCUAAUGGCUAUCGUGUAUGUUGCCUUUGAAGUUCCGUACUUUGCCGUGUUCAUUUCCAUGACCGAAGGACGGCACAUGUUCGUCGUGGACACUGGGAUGGAUCUACGAUACGUCGUGACGAUGCUCGUGGAGUUUUUUUUCACUUUCGACCUUAUCCUCCGCACGAGAUUUUUCGCGUUCAUGGACCACACUGUUAUGCUGUCCAUCGUUCGGUCGGAUCUGAUCUUCGCAGCGUACAAAUCCAACGGAUUUUAUCUCGAUCUGCUCGCUUGGCUCCCUGUGGGCGAUAUUUUGGAUUCUAUUACGACCGGUUCUCUACAAGUUCACUCGUCAAUUUUCCGACUUCUUCGUUUGCUGCGACUGCGAUUGUUGCCGGGUUUACUACACGAACUCAGCGAUUUGUACGGUGCGAGCUCAAAGUUUCGUAUCGUCUUAACUUUAGUUUUGGGCGUCACGCUCAUGCUGCAUAUUGUCGGCUGUGUAUGGUUCGAGAUGGCCCUCUUCCCACCCGACAGCCAAUCCGACCAUGGAGAUAGCGCCGUGUUCAUAGCGGAGCUAACGCGCUCCGACUGUCUCCACCAGGCAACGCUGUUCUACAAUUGCUCGUGGGUCAAAUUUGACUGCUACGGACACCUCGGGCUAGAGUUUCCGCAAGAAAACCCAGACUCUAUGUACCAAGCCCCGUUUGCCUAUUUACGAUCUAUAUACUGGGCGAUGGUGACCCUGACGGCAGUGGGGUAUGGAGAUAUCGUAGCUUACUCGACCGCUGAGAGUUAUUUCGCCGCGUUUUGGGUAUUCCUCGGCGGAAUCAUCAAUUUUGGGGUCAUGGGGGCCAUGUCGAGCACCAUUUCGAAUUUAACAGCGACGCACCACCAUCACAUGGAGAAACUGAAUCUGGUCAACAGCAUCAUGGAGCGGGUUAAUAUUUCCAAGCGACUAAGUGCAGAAGUUCGACGGUUUUACCACCAGCAGUUCGUUGGCCACAAACAAGCGUAUGAGUCGCAGUUGCUGUCGCACUUGCCCGAUCAAUUGUGCUACCAGAUCUCGUCGCUGUUACAUUCGAGGGCUGUGAAGAAAAUCCCUCUUUUUGACUCAGCUAGUAUUGAGUUCAUACGAGAAGUCACGGGCAAAUUCCGGCACCGAAGCUACCAGAAUGGGGAGACGAUCUGCCUGGAGGGGGAUAUUUGCCGUGAAUUCUUUGUAUUUUUGAAUGGCAGCCGAGCGAACCUCUUCUUCCGAUCCAAAAAAGUGCCCAUUCGUGCGCUUCACGCGGGGAAUUGCUACGGCGUAAACGAAUUCUUGCUCAAAAGGGCUCACGCUGCAACAAUCAUAGCAGCGUCUCACGUCCACGCGUCCGUGAUGUCGCGGGAGCAGUUUGACUGCGUGCAGCGCAAGUUUGCAGAUGACCUUCGGGAUAUGAGAGAGGAGGCGCACACUCAUUGGACCGAAGAGAGGGCGGUCAUGAAGAGCGUUAUGGGAAACCUCGCUAGGAUCAAGUUGCAGCCGCACCUGCUUCAGACUCCGAGUUUAUUUUACCAACGAGAUAACGUUUUUAUCACGAGUGGCGAUGAAGACGCUGGACACGGGCUGUACUCAAUAUCUGACACCUUUACGACAGUGUGGAACGCCCUCGUUACGUUUUGGAGCCUGUACAACGCUGUAUUUGUGAUUUUUCGCAUUUGCUUCCAUUCGCACCUUCACUUUUCGAGUGCGUCAGUGUGGAUUGCUGAUCUCAGCUGCGAUGUGUGCUUCGCAGUGGACAUUUACUUGCGGUUGUUCUAUUUCGACCUGGCCGAAGUGACGGUGAAAAAUCUCAUUGAACGAAAGCUGAUAAACAAGCAGUACCUGCGUAGCCCGACAUUUAAAUGGGAUCUCGUUGCGUCGCUGCCGAUUUAUACCCCAUUUUCCAGCGGCUCCUUGAUCGCCAGCUUGUGUCGCCUACCACGGCUCGUUCGAUGUGUCAAGUUAUGGUCAUAUCUGGACGAUGUAAUCGUCCAAAUUCAGCAGCACUUUGCUGCCCGCAACGUGUCAGCGUACUUGAGUCCUGUUAAGUUGCUCAUUGUUCUCGUGCUUGUGGCUCAUUACGUGGGUUGCAUUUUCUUCUUGAUCUCGGAGCGCGAGUGCGAGUACCUUGAACGCUGCUGGAUGGCGCAUGAUCCCGUGCUGCACAAUAACCACUCGGUGCCUAUCCUCUACGCUAAGACGUUCUACUGGGCUAUCACGACGCUACUGCUGGUGGGGUCUCGUGAGAUCAUCCCGAGGGGAAUGGCAGGCACGCUCUGGACGGGGUUUACGUGCUUGUGCUGCACUUUCGUCAUCGGACACAUCGUCGGCGAGAUUUCGGAACUGAUUCUCGAGCUGGGGAAGGAGACAAAGCAGUACAAGAACCGAAUCGCGAGCUUCGAGAACUUCGCGAAUGAGCACGAGCUGUCGCCGGGGCUACGCAAGCGCGUUGUCUACUAUUUCCGAGUCGAGUUCGAGCAGACCAAAGGUACCAACAUGUGCAAGACGAUGCAGGAUUUGUCGGCCAAUCUCCGACUAAAGUUCAUGCUGGAGAAAUACGGCUACUCGAUCGAGAAACUCCCGAUUAGUAGUUUUCUCACGGCGACACAGAUCAACAAUCUGGCAUUGCGGCUCCAGUCUGAGCUCUUCAUCCCGGGCGAUACUAUCCUAGUUGAGGGAACCUUUGGAAGCCGAUUAUGCACUUUACGCAAAGGCCUAGCUGCCGCGUACUGGACAAAGUCUGUUGCGAGUGUGGCUGUGCUUAUGGAAAACUCUUUCUUUGGUGAGAUCGCCUUCUUCCUCCCGAACCAACGACGACUCGCUACCGUGCGUGCUACGACAUCGUGUGAGGUCCUGUAUAUCACCAAGCAAGACUGGCAGGAGCUCUGGAUUCCGAGCGACGAUCCGUCGGACCUCAACGUCCAGAAGCACGCGCAGUUCGCCAUCCUCGGGUGGGUAAAUUCACGUCUUCAGCGGUACCAACGCGGGUGUCUGCGCACAGCUAGUAGAGCUAAGGUGGUCGAUACACGCCGACCCAGCAUCAAACCCAGUCGGCAGAUGCUGAUCCGAAGUCGCUCUCUUACGCUCUUUGGCGACGCCUUCUUCCGAGACAGAGAGCACUACGAGGGCUACUACCGUAUAGCCAACGACGACCGCAAAGGAGGCGCGGGAAUCGACUUUGAAAUCUUACAGCGCUGCCAACGCCCGCAGUACGCGACGCAACUGCACUGGUACAACCGCUAUCGACGCUGGAAGAGCAAAUUGCAGAGCGAGACUAUACCAGCACUUAAAAGUUUUUUUACGGGAGGAAGUUUUAACCAGAAGACGACCCAGCAGGUGCUCCGAGCCGCCAUCACCGACUUCCAGUCGAAACAGUUCAUCAGGCGCGUCAAGCAGCUCGGGAAAGCCUGGGACCUUGUCAUCGUCUUCGUAUCCGUGUACCAUUUGGUCGUCACGCCUUUCAAGAUGUGCUUCGCGCACGAGGUAUCCGUCAUAUCUGACGCCGUGCUACGCAGUUGGUCGGGGCUUGAGAUUUUCCUGGAUGUGCUCUGUCUAGUCGAUCUCGUCUACAAAAUGCUCCACGCCUUACCCAAGCACCAACCACUUGCCAUUGAUCCGACGGGCAAGGCGAAGGAGAGUAUCCGACACCUCCUCGCCAACAGCUUCACCUCCGAAUUCCGCUUUGAUCUCGUCGCGAUGCUCCCACUGGAGCUUCUGCUGGUUAGUACGAGGGUGCGGUUGCCGACUUCUGCGAUCCAUCUCGGCGUGGAGGCCACCAAUGCGUCCUGGUGGACUACGCGCUGGGUCUUGAGGCUGAACCGCAUGCUGCUUGUCCGUCGAAUCCAGCCCAUGUCAGAAGAGUUGAUUCAGUUUGCGAUCCACGAUCUCAAGCUGCCGGUGAGUGAAGCACUGCUCUAUUUCCUCCGCUCGGUGGCUGCGUACAUCGCGAUGGGACACCUCCUGGCGUGUAUCUGGUUCAUCACGAGCGAGGUGGCUCUAUGGCAGUACGCGGUGUCGUGGCUGUCGACUCCAGGGAUGUUAGCCUUCAGAAUGGAAGAGACAAUGGCGACAGACGUGAUUGAAGCACAUCGCUCGCUCUCAGAGGUAGCGUCCGUCGCUUUCUCGCUUGAUUCCAUCUCGCUUGGGCGCCAGUAUCUCCGGUCGCUACUCUUCUCGUUGGAGUGCAUCUCGACGCUCUUCUAUGGAGAUAUUCUCUCGAUGAACCCAUUGGAACUCCUGGUCGAGAUCGCCAUCACCUUUUGGAGCAUCUACAUCUACGGCGCACUGAUCGGAGCGCAGGGGGAGCGGAUCGACGCUCAAGCGCGACAGGAAGCAGCGUUCGAGCAGAACCUCGCGGAGUUGCAGCACUUUCUGAACGAGAACGAUGUGCCAAAAGGACUCAAACGCCAGGUGAAGGCCUACUACGCGCGAAUGUGGAAACGCCACCAGGGGAAGCCCGAGUUUGCUUCGGUUGCGGACGUCUCGAGGGCGCUCUACGAAGACGUCGUGUUCGCCACCCAGCGGGACUUUGCCGCCCAAGUGCGCGUGUUCCGCGCUCUCGACGAGAACUUUUUACGCGGGCUAUUGGUGUGCUUGGAGUACGUCGUCUGCUCUGAAGGCGAGGAGGUUGUGACGAAAGGGGACAUGGAUCGCAGCAUGUAUUUCAUCGCUCAGGGGCGGAUCUUGGUAAGGAUGGAUUCCGGAGAGGAAGCGCGCGAGAGAGGCGAGUACUUUGGCGAGUUUGCGCUGCUGUACGGGAUUUCCCGUCUGGAGACGUGCAUCGCGAUCAGUGUCGCGGAGUUGUACCGACUGGACCAUGAACCGUACGAACGCUUGCUGCAGGACUUCCCGGGCUAUCGGCGCCGCAACAAGCAGUCGUGGACAACUCCCAUCCCCCAAAACCACUCGAUGCUACGAGCGAGCAACUACGCGGGCAAGCGGAAACACACGGCGACGACCAUUAUUGGGGCGGCCCCCAUCCUGGCGCGUAGAGUGAGUGUGCGGAAUAUUGAUGCAGUCACGACCGUAAACAUCGAGAAAGAAGUGCCGCAUACGUUCGUGUACAAGUCAACGAUGGAGAUGAUGGCUCAAUUGCACACGAUGCACCCGGAGGAGGCCAAGCAGUUGAUUCUCAAAGUUCGAGCAGGAUCGAGGAAGAGGCUCAGUAGGGAGAUCGCCCAGGAGCAGCUAGAGGACGGUGACGAGGACGAAGGCAUGGAGUAG